GUUAGUCAUAUGAAGCAAAAUCGAAAUUGGUUACGCAGAAGAGGAGAAAAUCUAAAAAGUUGUAUAGAAAAUACAUUCUUAUCCCUUUUACGAAAUGACCCAGAAGUAUGGCAAGAAAGAGAGCGAAUCGGUGGAUAUACUAUAGAAAGAAGAGAUGAAAAUGGAGGUAUAGUUACAUAUAUUAGCUCAGAUUUGGAUGAGUUAAAUGAAGUUAAAGAUAACAUCAGAAAAAUAACACCCCAUUUAUUAACAAAACCUUCAUCAUCACAACCUCCCGAUCAAAUCCCACAGAUUGAUUCAGAAACUGGUCCAGGUCCUCGAACCCAAGCUUAUUACGAAGGAGCAGAAAAUGAAGAUAACGCCAUGCAAGUGGUAUUUUUGCAAUGCCUAUAUCAUAAUUAUUCGGAAGAAGAAAUCAAUGAAAACCUAGAAAUGGCAGUAGAAGCUUAUAGAGCAUCAGAUAAAGGGAAGAUGUGA